UUUGUGUUUUUGGGGUUUUUUUACAGAUAUCAGGGUUGUCAAUACCAGGAAGAUGAGAAUAAGAAGUUAGGAGAAGACCCAGCCAUCACUACCACUCUCACCACCCUUCCCUUACCUGAAAAGCAUCCCUGAAUUGGAAAAGACUUAGAUGACGAAUUUAGGAGAGCUUGAAGAAAGUGGAGGUGGUUUCCAGAGUAAGAAGAGAGAGAGAGUGUGUUGGGCAUGGCUGGCCAAUGACGAAGCCAGAGAAAAACUUUGAGACUCCUUUGCAAGGAUGCUGGAACUGAUUUCUCUCCCAGUGGAACAGAAUUUGGAGAAAUGUAAAAUACAGCAGGAAAAGUGCUGGGCUCAGAAAACUAGCUUCUGGUCCUUGUCCUGACAAUUCCAAACAGCUGUUUGACUUCAAGCAAAUCAUUUCUCUUCUUGGGCUACAGUAGCUUCUACAAGACCCCCAUCAGGACAAGGUCACAGGGCAACUGAGCCUGUAGUUCAUACAGCUUAUCCAUCCAGCUUGGAGACAGCCCAGACUGACCAUACCAAGACUGUCUUGGACCAUGAAACUGGUACUAUUGUGGGUUGUACUUAUUAUUUCAGGAAGGAUGGUUCCAAGCCAGGGGAGCCUAAUACAACUGAUCAAAAUGAUUAAACAGGCAACAGGAAAAAAUCCUGUCUUCAGCUACCUGAACUAUGGAUGCUACUGUGGACCAGGGGGCAAAGGUCAGCCCAAAGAUGCAACUGACUGGUGCUGCAAGAUUCACGACUGUUGCUACAAACGCCUAAUGCAACAGAGAUGUCAUGUCCUCGUGGACAGGUACAACUACAGCUCUAUCAGCGGCGACAUCAAGUGCUGUGGGAGGACCCAGUGUCAGAAGGAGAUUUGCCAGUGUGACAAGGAGCUUGCCCUCUGCCUGCAGCGAAACUUGGUUAGCUACCAGAAGGCCUACCGUUUCUCAUGGAAGUCCCUCUGUCAAGAGAAGAACCCAAAAUGCUAGAACGAGGCCCUCCUAUAUCCCUAGUGGGAAGAGAGCCCAGGAUGGGGUUCUAACUCUGCCGGGAAGCCUUUAAAAAAACAAACAAAAAAUAGAGCCUAUACACUGGUUCUGAGAAGUCACUCUUCAGAAUAGACUGGAGUCUCUGCAGUAAACUCAUUAGAUUUCAUGGUACUUUGGGUAAGGGCCCUUCCAUAAGGGCCCUUCUAGCUCUGACAUUCUGGGUUCUAAGGCCUUCCCAGCUCUGACAUUCUGUGUUUUAAGACCCUU